UCGGCAACUGCAAUUUUUAUGCCGUAAAACAAAAAAAAAAUAGUGCCUGUAUAACAAUCAACUAUAAAUAAAAUUGCAUAAAGUAAUGAGCAAGCAACAAGAAAUUGUUUAAACAUAGGCGCUUGGCUUUAUAGCACAGAGAGUGAGAGACAGAGAGUUCACACACGCAUCGAUUUUUUUCCAGAGGAAAAAAUAAAAAAAAAUGUCGCGGCAUCCUAGCGACCGAAAAGUAUACGUUGGUGAUUUGGGCAACAAUGCACGUAAAAACGAUCUGGAGUAUGUGUUUGGUGCUUACGGCAGUCUAAGAAGUGUUUGGAUUGCUCGUAACCCGCCGGGAUUUGCUUUCGUUGAGUUUGAAAGUGCACGGGAUGCUGCGGAUGCCGUUCGUGGUCUGGACGGACGCACAGUUUGUGGCCGUAGAGCCCGUGUGGAACUCUCCACUGGAAAAUAUGCGCGUUCCGGCGGGGGUGGCAGAGAAGGAGGCAGCGGCGGCGGCGGCGGCAGACAAUCUGACUUUGGAGGACGUGAUCGCGGUGACAAAUGCUAUGAGUGUGGGAUGCGAGGACACUUUGCGCGCCAUUGCCGUGAACGCAAGGCUAGGCAAAGACGCAGAAGCCACUCCCUAAGCAGGUCACGCAGCAUAUCUCGACAUCGUCGUCGCACUCGCUCCAAAUCCGCCAGCCGUUCCCGCAGUCGCUCCCCCAUCUCAGCAAGCCGUCAUUCAAGACGCUCUCGUGAGAAUGGACGCGACGAAAAUGGUUCAGUGGCGCGUUAUAGCGAUCAGGAACGCAAUGGCAGCGGACUGGUAGACUCACCACCGCCAUUGAAACGACGCUACGAAGACGAAGAUGAUGAUAGAGACCGGGGCUCCAGAUCACCGUCACCGCCGCCACGUCGCGGUUCGCCAUCGCGACGACGCGGCGAUUCGUCUGUAUCGCGUUCCAUGUCCAGGGACUAGCGAUAAUGACGCAGCUCAUCAUUGGCCAUUGCUCUCCCAUUCCUGUAAUUGAAAGAAUAAUACCCAUACAUACAUACAUACAUACAUGUUUGUCAGGCAGUUAAUGCUUUAGUUUGCCCACGCAUUCUUAGCUUAGCAUAUAAUCUUUAGGUUAAUAUAUAUACAAACACACACACACACACACACCUAAACACAAGUAAAGAAUUAUAAUUUUUUGUCCUCAACGCCUAAUUUUAGAUCAAAUUGCGCUUUGAAUUUUAUCUAUAUAUACAUACAUACAUAUAUAUAUAUAUAUACAUAAAAGAAUAUACUCGUAGCUUAUGGCAGUUCGAUCGACAGUCGAUCUAGUCAUUCAGUAUAUAACUACACCCAUACAUUUGUCACAAACACACACGUACAUAUUUAUGCAUCAGGCUAAGAAUGUUUUGUAUUUCUCUAACCUAAUGUCAAUUUAAUGAAUCAGGCCCCCAACUAUAAUUUUCCCUAUCCUACUUCGAGUCAAGUUUAUAAGGUGUUUUUUAAUACUUCAUAUAAAGUUAAGCAAAAAAAUGAAAAAACGUAAUUUGCAUAGUUCGGAUUUCUCAUACAUUACGUCAUAGUUAAGUAUAAUAACAAUGUAUGAAUUUUCUUUAAAUGUAUGUUUGUACGAAACUAGCAAAUAUGCUGAGAACCUACAAUACAACAAUAAUAUUCUAUCAAUAAAUCAAAUG